AUGAAACCCGCCGGCCUGCCAAUGCGCCUGCGAGCGCGGCCUGUCUGCCAGCUGUGCGACUUCAUCAUACAAAAGCCCACGAGUCGCCGCGCGUUUGCGUCCGCAUCCGCCCUCAAGGCACCCGCCGUUCGGACGCUACCCGCGCGAAACAAUGUCGCAGUACCACGGAACAUUACUCGAAGCAUCACCACCACGGCCAGGCAGCUGCAGGAGGUGGGGGAUGGAGACGUUGGGAGCUUGGCCUUGUCCGACCGGAUUGCUGUGCUGAAGGGAAAACUUGCAGUCGUGGAGAUUCAGAUCCACACCAUAUACGAUUCGCCCACGGUCCCCGGAGAACAGGCGCUACUGGAUGUGCUGUUCGAGCUGGAAGACGUGGCGCGGCAAGCAGCAGCGAUUCGAUCAGGGCAGCCUGCACGAGCAAAGACUCCAAUACGGCAGAGUUCAGCAGGCGCAAUUUUGUCUGGGCUGAAGGGCGAUGAAAAGCCCACACCAACCAAGACGAAAGGCAAGUCGUUCGGACUCGACGCUCUGCCGCGGCCGUCAUAUCUCUCCAAACUCGCCGAGGACUUUAUCAAGCAUGGAAACGUCUUCCUCUCGCCAAACUUGCUCGGCCUGUACAUUCACCUGCAGCGCAUGCUCGGCCACCCACGAACCAUACCCGAAGCCCUCUACCUCUACGCCAACAAACCCGUGCCUGUCGAGGGCUCGUCCCCACCAAAAUUCACCAAGCCCUCUCCGAAAUCCGCAAAGCAAGCCGUGCCUGCGGAUCUCGCCGACGACGCCCUGACAGCCGCCAUCGAGGCGAAAGACAUCACCCUCGCCCUCGCCGUCGUCGAGCACACAUACUGCGCCCCCGCAUGGCUGCGACACCGCCGGAUCACCAAGCUGGGCUUCCCCACCGUAAUCAUGGCCCUCACCCCUUUCGCCAUCAAUAUGAUAUCGUCCGAACUUUCCGUCUACAGCAACUUCAUUGACCCGUGGACCUUUAAGCUAUACUGCUUCAUGGGCAUAAGUACAUAUGUCUUGUGCACCGGCACGCUUGGCUUCGUCGCGUUGACCACCCACAACGACCACCACGACAGAGUGGUGUGGCGACCUGGUAUCCCGCUGCUCGAUCGGUACAUAAAGGAGGAUGAGCGUGCUGCGCUGGACAGGAUUGCGUGUGCGUGGGGUUUCAAGGAGGAUUGGAGGAGAGGCGAUGAGGAGGGUGAUGAUUGGGAGGGUCUCAGGCAGUGGAUUCUUCUAAGAGGUAUGAUCUUGGACAAGCCGGACUUGAUGCCGGGCAUGAAUCCGAAUAGGUAG